CUGAAUGAUUUAACCAAAAAAAGAUGGUUAAAUGUCAGUUCAUCUGAUACAUACGUACCGGUUUCAUUUCGGAUAGUUUGCCGGUUUAGUUUGACGAGAAAGUAAAUUCUUUAUAAUAUCGAGGAAAUACGAGUAAUGCAACUUAAUUUAAUUCAACAUGAGCAAUUUAAUUGAACGAAUGAGCUUCAUUGUGCCAGUUGUAUCCAUUAGUUUCAUAUUUAUCAUAAUCUCAAUUAAUUUGUACAUGAAAAUAAGAAAAUUAUUUCCGAUUACAGUAAAUUGCUGGUUUUGUAAUAAGGAUGCAAACGUACCUUAUAGCCAGUUUAACUCCUGGAAUUGCGAACACUGUACGCAAUACAAUGGAUUCGACAAGGAUGGUGAUUAUAAUUGUGACAUACCAGCUCAACGAACUAUUCAAUUGAAUAAAAGAUAUAAGACUGGCAAUAUUAGUAAAAUCUCGUAUGUUGCCUCAGAUGCGCAGAGAAAUCGUUUAUGUGAAAAUUGUAACCGAAAUCAGGAAAUCAAAGUGCAACAAUUAGCUUUAUUUGAGCCUAUCGUAAAAGAGAACUUUGACGUGGAAAUUGAAAAAUUUCGGGAAAAACUAGAAAAAUCGUACGAAUUGUGUCACACUUGCCAGCGAUCUGUUAAAAAAACUUUAAGCCGAAUAAUGAAUAAUGUACUCGGGUUAAGAUUGACUCAAAUUGGACAAAAGGGUUUGAAUGUGGUCGAUCGACAUGUAAAAAAAACCGACUCGAAGAAGCAUGUAAUUUUGAAUCGAAUGUGCUUAAUGGCAAUUUCUAUACUAUCCAUUUGGAAUAUAUACAGUUCAAGUAAAAGUGUCCAUCUAUCGAGGAACCAUGUUGACUCAUUUUUCCCACCACUCGUUACACAUUACAUAUUAAGCAUCAUUUCAUUAAUUUCUGCGGUAAAACUUAUCGUAAUCGAGUACUCAUCAGCGAUUGUCUUUUCCACGAUCGAUUUUCAACGGAUGUACUCCUACAUUGCUGCCGACAAUAAUGAUUACCAAAUCGAUUUCGUCAUCAAUAUCGCGGCCGUUUUAUUAUCACUAAAGUUAGUGUUAGCCAGAUCAAGAAUACGCAAAACUGGUCGAAUGUAUCCUCUGUUACUUAUGUUUUUAUGGAACAUCAAUAUGCUGUGGCCAACAAUUGCGGGAAAUGUGGGAAGCGAAUUUGUUGCAGACCUUUUAAAAAUAUUUUUUGGAGUAAUCAUACUGGUUGUCGUGAUCAUAUUGAACUACACAUUAUUCGAAGAGGCGACAUAUAAAUGUCAACCUUUAAACAACAGCUUUCAUCGAAUUUUUUCAAACUGCGACGAGGAUUUGUCCGACGAUGAAGCUGUGUCAAAUGAAAUCGACUAUUGCCGUUCAACUUCUAGUAAAACAGAUUACGACCUAUUAAAUUUCAACAGAUCGUUCAGUACUACAAAAUCAAUAAGUCCAGAUGUAUCUCAAGAUUUAAAUAGCACAGCCAGACGCGAUGAUCGACACUCAUCUUGGUACCAACAACAGUGCAAUCGACAUAUUUCGGAGAACAUGAUAACUGACCGAUUAUAUUCCCCGUUUCUCAUACCAGACGAUUGCCAAAGUAAACUGACUGAUUUGAAAAUAAGUGGAAUCGGUCGCAACCAUGAACAUGCAAUUACUUGCUCAUCACCAACUCCGUCAAUAUUAAUAAAUGAUCGAGAUCGAUCUCAACUCCUCACACCAGCACGACUGAAUUUUAAGGACUGUUCACCACUCGUCUCUGCUACAAAAACAUCGUGGGUUGCUGGUGGAUACUUUGUGAAAAACAACCUUUCGCCGCAGAAACGCAAACAGCCGCAAGGUGUUCUUUUUCAUCCAAUAUCACGCACAUCGUCGCAAAGUUCUGGAUUCGAAUCGCGAACCAGUUCAGCUCAUAACGGAUACGCAAGUGGUUCGAGAGAAAGUUCCAUUACUGGUGAUGUUGCUUCUAAUUUUUCCGAACCAACACUAAUUUCUGACCAUCCACCGAAUAUUAAUUUUCCAAUUAAUCACAGUUUUUCAUUAUAUGCGAAAAAUCAAACGCGUUUAAUGAAUAACUCAUCAUCAUGUGAACCUGAGUCUGUAGGUAAAUACUGCACGGUCCCUUCGAAAAACUAUGAUGACCAUAAACAAUUAAUGUCAGUUCCGAAAUCAGUUUAUCAUCAGUUUGGAACUCAUCGGCUCGAUUUGAAUGACAAACACUCUGGCUUUAGUAAAUUUUCACAUCACGCCCAGAACAUUUGUAAAUCAAAUAUUAAUUCUUUCACAUUUGGUGAUUCGAAAAUAUUCUGAAAUUGGAACGGUU